AUGCAGGCAGAUAUGGACCAUUCACUGUGCGAUGCUGUGGCUGCUGCUGCUGUCCCUGCUGGGAAGAUGAGUGGGGGACUGGGAAAGGGACUGGCAGGACGGGACCAAGCUACCUCUCAUUUCUUUACAGGGUCCCUGACUCAAGAUCCAAGAUACUGGCUGACAGUGCCCAAGUUGGUGACAGUGGAGGAAGGCCUGUGUGUCCGUGUGGCCUGCAGUUUCUCCUGUCCCUCUAGGUACUAUUCUCAAUCUGUCUUUGGCUCCUGGUUCCAAGAAGGGGCCAAUCUACAUGAAGGCUCUCCAGUGGCCACAAAUGACCCCAGACAAUUAGUAAAGAAUGAAACACAGGGCCGAUUCCAUCUCCUUGGGGACCCACAGAAACAUGACUGUUCCCUGCUCACCAGAAAUGCCAAGAAAAGUGACAUGGGAGUGUACUUCUUUGGAGUAUUUGAAAAACCCUUUAUAAGAUAUAAUUACAGAGAAAGCUAUCUGUCACUGCAUGUAACCAUAAGUAAUGAAAGUCCUGACAUCAUGAUCCCGGGGAAGCUGGAGGCUGGCCAUCCUAGUAACCUGACCUGUGAGCAGGGCACACCCCCCACCUUCUCCUGGAUGUCAGCUGCCCUCAUCUCCUUGAGCCCCAGGACCACAAACUCCUCAGUUCUGACUCUCACACCUCAGUCUCAGGACCAUGGCACCAAUCUCACCUGUCUGGUGACCUUCUCUGAAGCAGGUGUCCCUGUGGAAAGGACUAUCCAGCUCCAAGUUACUUGGAAAUCGGGUCAGAUGGCAGAGGUGGUCCUGGUGGCUCUGGGUGAGACAUCUGUCAAGGCUCUGCUUCUUGGGCUGUGUCUCACACUUCUGAGUGUGAUGUUCUGCAGAAAGAAAUCAGCAAGGCUGUCACUGCAGGUGGACUAUGAAGAUCCCAUCAAGACUCAUCAGCAGGACUCCAAGAUGCACAGUCACCCUAAGAAUCCAAGACCCUCACAGGGGGACUCACCUUAGGAACAUAGCAGUAUUUGAACUAACUCCCUAGGUUUCAUGGGGGUGAGGCCUCAGGAGUACUCAGAGAUCCAAACCCACCAAGAAAUUGUCAGGAGCACUGCUCUCAUGUGA